UGAAUAAAGAAACUGAAAUUGAAUCUUGUCACCUGCGACAGGUGUCAAUGUCGCCCAGGAGAAGACAGCGCACCAAACAAGCACUUCUGGGCCAGGGGUCGCCAGCCGUGCCGUGGACGGGAGCACACGCACCAGUUACUCAGACGGUUCCUGUACGCAUACAGACCAGGAGGACAACCCCGCAUGGUGGGUGGACCUCGGGCAAUCGUAUACGGUUCAAAGAGUAGUCAUCUUCAAUCGCAUGGACUGUUGCUCCGAUCGACUCAACCCCUUCAACAUCCACAUCGGGGACUCCGACCAGGUCAGCACGAACCCCAAGUGUGGAGGCGACCAUCAAAUCGACGUGACCCAGCCGUCCAUUGCCGUCUCCUGUCAGGGGAUGCAAGGGCGGUAUGUGGGCGUCCGUCUUCCCGGACCCAGAGUACUGACCCUGUGCGAGGUCCAAGUGUUUUCACCAUUUUCACCAGCACCCUGUCCGCAAGACAACCGAAUCGUACUGUCCAGUGGUAAGACGUACACCGUCCCUGAAGGCAACUCAACGUAUGGGGGCGCACAGGAAGAAUGCAGACGACAAGGCGGCAUCGUUGCGAUUCCAAGGAACGAAGAGGAACAACAGAACCUGGCGUUCCUAAAGAACUGCGUCAGCAGGGACGCUCAAUUUUGGCUUGGUAUAAGGAAGACAGCGGGUGUAUGGAGAGACGACAGGGGCACCGCACUGGGCAGUUUUACGAGUUGGGCGUCCGGGGAGCCAGACAACCCAGUCGGCUGUGCGCACAUCGUCUACGGGAACAAAGUGGGCGAACGACGAGACAAGUGGGCAGACGCAGACUGCCUCCAACUAUUCCGCUACGUCUGCGAGAUACAGGAUGAAACAUGUGGAUUAUCAGCGUUUCGCCACGUCCCCCGGACUGGUUGUCCAGGUUCAGACAUAUCCAGUCCUCCUGGUGUCACCCUCCAGGACUGUGCGGAAGCGUGUUGCGCCGACUCAACAUGCCUUUCGUUUCAGUACAAAAUAAACAAUCAAUGCUAUAUGAAAAGCAGGCUCUGCUCAGAUGAGGAGAAAGUGUCUACAUCGGCUGGCAACAUGUACGAUCGGAUUCCUAUACCAGGGUAUACCAAAGCGUGCCAAGUCGUCACCUCGGGGAGCGGGGGCGAGGUGCAGAACCCACAAUACCCUGCGCCGUCCGAUGUGUCCUGUGAGGGUUUGGUCACUGUUGCCAGAGGAAAGAGGGUGGAACUUACUUUCAGUUCUUUCUCUGUGGAGUAUGACGAGGACUGUGGUCAUGACUACUUGGAGUUGUUUGACACUGUAGACGAGUCGUGGCAGAGUCUUGGGAAGUUUUGCGGGAGCACCCCGCCAGACGUUAUCUGCUCCGUAGGAAGUGCCGUGAAGAUCGUCUUCCAUACAAACCCCGCAGUUCCAUCAUCGUUUUCUGUUAGCUGGAAACAGACAGAUGCUAUAUUCGGUAAUGAAGCCUGCAACGCCCCCUAUGUGGCAGAAGCCAUCACGUGCCCGCCACUGUUGGUUCCUACAAACGGCACCAUGACCAUGGGACAGAGUAAUUCCUACCAAGACGAGGUGCAGUUUGCCUGUGACGCUGGGUUUAUCCUAGAGGGCGCUCCUAGUGUGAGCUGUCGAGCUGACGGCAGGUGGACGUCUGUGCUACCGACAUGUUCUCCGUGCCAGUCCCCAUUGGGAAUGGAGUCAAGGGACAUCCCGGACAGUGACGUCACAGCGUCGUCCUUUGCGACAGGUGAGCAGCACUCCAGCUACUACGGGCGGCUGAACGGCGUGCUGGGCGCGCAUGCCUGGUGUGCUGGACACCUUGCGAGGGGACAAUGGCUUCAGGUGGAUCUCGGUGUGGUGGCCGUUACCGGAGUCAUAACCCAAGGACGCGGUCAAUCGCUGUAUAACCAGUGGGUGACCUCCUACACGCUCCACUUCAGCUGGGAUGGAACGACCUUCACGCCGUACAAGAACCAGGACCUGUCUGAUAAGGUGUUUGAUGGAAACUCGGACAGAACGACACCGGUAACCCAUCUUUUGGACUCCCCCGUCGUGACGAAGCACGUCCGGUUUGUGGCCGAGACCUGGCACGAGUAUAUCUGCAUGAGGGCGGAGGUGCUAGGAUGCAAGGACAUCGCAGCCUGCCUGGAGCCGAUGGGGAUGGAGGAUGGUAGCAUCCCUGACAGCAGCAUCACUGCGUCAUCAGUCUACGACAUCAACCACAAGACGUACCACGGCCGGCUGAACACGCUGGAGGGAAGGACAGCUUGGGUGGCGAGUAUAACUUUGGAGGCAGGACAAUGGCUACAGGUUGACUUGGGCGGAACUUCUGUGGUGCACGGCGUCAUCACGCAGGGUCGGGAUACACAUGACCAGUGGGUAACGUCAUACAAGCUACAGCACAGCCGGAGCGGACGGUCCUGGACAACCUACACGGACACCGACGGCUCGGACAAGAUUUUCACCGGAAACACGGACAGAAGGACCCCGGUAACCCACAUCCUGCGCCCGCCCGUGGCUGCCCAGUACGUCCGCUUCGUGGUGCAGACUUGGGUUUUACACAUCAGUAUGAGGGUGGAGGUGCUCGGUUGUAGGGAAGAAGGCUGCAGUUCUCCGCUGGGAAUGGAAUCUCGACACAUCCUCGACGAAAGCAUCACGACAUCAUCUACACAUCAGAGCUGUCCGAAACCUCAGAGUCGUCUGAACAGUGAGAGUGCCUGGUGCGCACUGUCUAACACCGCCAGUGAGUGGCUGCAGAUUGACCUGGGUAUGGCGAUCGUUUCCGGGGUGAUCACCCAAGGUCGCGCUAACGGUGACCAAUGGGUGACAUCAUACAAGCUGCAGUUCAACACAGGGGGCGCUCAUGGCAUUUGGACGACCUAUCAAGACAGCGAAGGAUUCGAUACGGUGUUCACAGGUAACACUGACAGAACGACGCCGGUUGGUCACAUGCUCCAGUCACCUGUUACCGCCAGGUACGUGCGGAUCGUCCCCGUGACGUGGCACAGGUGGAUCAGCAUGAGAGUGGAGGUCAUGGGGUGUUACCACGUUGCGCUUGGACCACGAGGACCCGCCUUUCUACCGGAAGACUGUCAGGACAUCCAUCUCUCCGGCCCGGACCUGCCCAGCGGACCCUACACGGUGUACCCGCGGGACCGCCAGGGGGCGCUCCUGGUGUACUGUGACAUGGACACCGACGGGGGCGGCUGGACGGUGUUCCAGAGACGCCAGGACGGAUCGGUCGACUUCUACUUGGACUGGAAGAGCUACAAGGCAGGCUUCCCUCUCGGCAGUGUGAGCGGCGAGUUCUGGCUGGGAAACGACAAUCUUCACCGCCUGACGACUCAGAAAGCCUACGAGCUGAGGGUGGAUUUGGAGGCUGUGGAAGGGGUUACUGCGUAUGCGGUGUACGACAGUUUCAGCGUCGGGGAUGAGUCAGACAAGUACAGGCUGGUGGUUGAGGGCUACAGCGGAACUGCAGGUGACAGCAUGGCCUGGCACAGCGGGAUGCAGAUCAGCACCAAGGACGGGGACAGAGACCACGACGUCUCGGGCUCUCACUGUGCCGUCCAGUUCACAGGAGCCUGGUGGUACAAUGACUGUCACCAUGCUAACCUGAACGGUGCUUAUGGUGACAACACUUACGGGAAGGGAGUCAAUUGGGUUGACUUUAAAGGGCCUGAAGAGUCGCUAAAAUUCACCGAGAUGAAAAUAAGGCCCAAGGCUUAACGGAAAUCUAUAUAUUUCUGGUCCGUUCUUUUCAAAAUUGCAUGUGAUAGUCCGAGUGGACACAGUGGUUGUAGCCUCCGUUGCAGUCUUCUGACGGGGCU